AUGAAGCAGAUGAUCGCUGUCGUGAAUCAGCGUCGCCAAUCGCUGGGGCCACCUGUGCCGACGGCCGCUUGCCCAGAGCCCAGUGAAGAUUGCACUUGCAACGCGUGCCUCAGGUCCUUCCGCUCCCGCAACCCGCUGAUCAACCACCCUUGCCCUUACUUGGAACCGGCCCGCGACCGCUCCAGGGGGUGUCUGCCGCGUCGCAAUGGCCAAGGCUGGGGCAUGCGAGGCAUCGCCAAGACAACGAUCGCGGCGAAGAUGCGGGCGCCCGAAGGAUCGGAAGAGUUCUUCAAGGCUUCGUACAUGCUCGUGAUCUAUGGAGGCAUGAUGAACACGUUCGUUGUCGCGGUGAAGUCCGUGAGCCGCAAAAGUGAACUCGUGUGCGGCGUCUUCUGGCCCAGGCAGGUCUACGAGCAACGCGAGGGGCACGCUCCUCCAGCGUCAUUGGUGACGCCCCACAUUCAUAACGGCAGAGAAAUGAAGGGAGUCUUCAGGAACGAGGACGAAUUCGGGCGCCCGCCUGGAUGUCACCGCGUGUCCGAAGAGUCACUGGAGAAGGUGGAGCAACACACUAUGGUCGAGAACGACCAGACAGCUGCUCGUGGGCGGACACAAGUCAACGAGACGUACAGGGGCCUCGCGCAGGUGGCAGCUCUCGGAGUUAGUGCGCUGCAGAAUCCAGAUGGCGGCGCUUGCGCGAUCACAGUGACUGGCGGCUCAUUCUCAGACGACCUGGACAUGCUUUUCACGGAUGCCACUCAGACCGUGUCAAUGUUGACAGACGGGAGUCUGAACGCGGGCGUGAACUCCAAGCGGAUCCAGAAGGUGAUCGCCGAAGUCGAGAGUCGCAUGGUCGGUAAAUGCACCGCUGCCUUUGCUGGCGACCUGGCCCUGGCGACGCUCGAUGCGCUGACUUUGUGGAAGACGUUCAAGCUCACGACUGAGAAGCCAGCUGGCCAGUGCGAGCAGGCGGCUGCGCAUGCUGCCUUGUGCGCACUUGUCGCAUCGGGCGCGAAGGUCCCCAAUGCCACGUGCUACUCCACUUGGAGGCGGGGCGCUGGACUUGCAGCGGAUCAGGCUGACUGGGCGACCUUCGCUGGCGAUAUGACAUUCCAGGCUGCGCAAUGGCGCACCUCGCUGCACCGCCCGCCGAUCACUGCUGGCGAGGGCGAACCUAGCGUCUCGCGGGUCAUCAUGGAGACGCUCGUGGUCAUCUUCAGGCAGCCAGCUAACGUCGGCGUGGGCGCGCUCACUGGCAUGCUUCAGAGCAUCGGUGACUCCGCCACUGAACCGCCGCCACUGCUGACGGCGGCCGGCUGCGAAGCGUUCGCCACGGAAGUGGAGCGGCUAUGCCGGCUGGUAUUCAUCGCCGCGGUUCCCGACGCGGAGGUCGACGAGGUUGUAGGCGACAAGGAGGCGAUGCUUGACGUUCACGGCGAACAUCCCAGUCCUUUCCUGAAAGCUUUGAUGUUCUUGCCCGCUGGCAUUGCAGUGCUCCCCGCCGUGUCCACAGAAGGCGCGCGGAUGAAAUCCAAGGAAGUGCUUGCAGGGCAGCUCAAUGACAUCUGCGACAUUAUUGCUUCAAUGCAGUCGCCACUUCAGCUCGAGAAUGAGGGUGGCGCGGCUGGCGCCGGGUCAGUGGCCUUGCCGAAGGAGACAGCUGUUGCCGUGGAGACGGCCAUGGGCAAGUACGAUCAGCUGAUGAGCACGAUGACCGACAGGUUCAAGGAGCAGCGCAAGCACGAUCUGGACCAGGUCUCAGCCAAGCUCGACGCGAUCGGGGCGGACUCCGAGACCGCCACGAAGGAGCGCGACGUGGCCUUGCUCAACCGGGCGCUGGUCGACGUGUCCAGUGUGGCUUCUCGCGCAGAGCUUGACCGCCCACUCCAGCUUCUCAGAGCCGUCGCCGAGGCGGAGGGACCUCGCUGCAACCGCCUCGCCCCUCAUCGAGCAUCGCGCGUGAGUUCCGCGCGCUCACGGACAGCGGAGGCCGCGCGCGCAUGGGCGCCAGGGCUCGCCAUGCUCAUGAGCGACAACCAUGGCAACCUCAAAUCGAGUAAGCUGGAUCAGUUCUAUGAUCAAGUCGUCAUGUCCAACGAGAACUGCCGCGUGCCAUUGGAGACGGUCCGCGGCGGGAACAUCGCCAACUGGCCACCCGCGGUGCUCGAGGCGAGGCUACUGCUGCAGUGUGCCUGCAGCGCAGCCUUGACUACCAGCCCAUUUGGAGUUCUUGCUGCUGCCUCGCGCAUGGAGGCGGGCACUGGCGACCUGGCCAAGGAGUGCGAGGCGGCCGCCACGAACCUGAGCGACGACGAAGAGUGGUCGCCACGAGUUCUCGCGUCCCUGGACGCAUUGAGCUGCGUCGCAUCCACCAUUUGCCGCUUCCGCCCUGCAUUCUCACCAGGUUGGGGACCGAGCACACAGGACCCGGCGAACCUCGCGGCGUUCCAGAAGCAUUCAGGCGACCACGUGUUGCUUGCAAUCAAGAUGUCUUGGUUUUGCAAGGAGUGGCGUGCUGCGCAAUCUCUGGUGGACGCUACUGCCCUCAAUGAGGGCGGCGAACCUGGAAGCGCGCUGUACCCCGCGUCCUGGCAGCACGUCGACGGCGACAAGGGUGGCGCGAGGGCCCGGCAGGAGGCGCUGUUGGCGCACCGCGCAAAGUUGGGGACGGCGUUUGCCAGCGCUCUCAACGCAGCGGUGUGCCUCCACAGGACUGCCCUCGCCGAGGUGAACGAAGUGGUGUCGUCAUGGAUUGCGGCAGGGUGCACUGUGACGCCUCAGGCCCGAGCGCUGGCCUCGGUUUGCACAGCGACGACGGAUGCCAUGUGCGCUACGUUGGUUGGCAGGGUCGAGGACUUGGCCCGCAUGACGAAACAGCUCUUGGCGACGCUGCCCGACGACGACGCCUUCCACCUGGGCCCACUCCCGCUCAGCGACGCUCUCGACCAGAUGAGCGAGGCGGGCUUAAUCGUUCAGGAGAAGGAUAGCGCCACGUACUUGGAGGUCGCCAGCGGCAAACCCGCCAAGACGUUGUGCAGGUUUAUCGUGUGGAAGUUCUACAACGAGACGUGCGUUCCUCUUCUGCAGCACGCGCUCGCAGUACCUGGGCGCCACCAGCAGCAGCGGCCGAGUACUCCGUCGCACGCUUGGUGGUUCCAGGAGAAGGCAAUCGUCCGCGCUGGCCGCCUCGCUGCUUCCAUGGCCGUCAUGCAGGCGAUGCUCCGUGCGACUGGCUUCUCGCUCGGCGACCUUGCAAGCCACUUGCGCAGGGUGCUGGCGUCGCUUGAGGCCAAAGCACACGCGGUCGGCUCCGAGGCUGUUCAGCUGAACCUGAUGACCCCGCACCCCUGCGUGCUCGGAGCCGUCAAUUCCUUGCUGGCGCAGGCGACGCAGCCCGCGGAGAAACGCCGCAGUGCGGCGAUGGCCUCGUGGGAGUUUCUCGCCCCGCGGCUGCAGGCGCUGCGCCCGGCGCUCCUCGCGGUCUGCGCGGCCCCCUGGGGCUGCCCCGCGCACGGCACCGGCGCGGCCGUGCCCGCCCUCCUGCAGAGCCUCGGCAGCCUCGCUGGCGACUGCGCGGACGUGGUGGCGGUGGGCGUGCUGCGAGUGCUCCCGCGGCUGCUACCCUCGGAGCUGCGGCGCCUGCGAGCGGCAGAGGGCCUGACUUCGCCCAUCGGCGAGCUCACGGGCGUGCACUGUGCGCCGCUUCUCGAAGAUGGGCUCGGCUCUUUGGUGGUGUCUGGCCUCGACGCGGUGCCAGGCGGCUGCCUCGUCUCUGGGGCAGUCCUUGCCAUCCGCGGGCGCCUGGAGGCACAGAGCCGGACUCUCUUUGCCACCGGCGCAGCCGCCGCAGGAGGGGUGCUGAGGUUGUCCUCGCCAGAGCGGCCUCUGGCCAGCGAUCCCAGAGGGGCCUUGCCGGCCGUCGUCCCAGUGGAGCUGACAGACAUUCAGCCCAGCAGGGGCCCGACGUCGGCGCGGCGCUUGCUGGCGCUGGUGUCGGGCCUUCGCGUCGGGCCUUCGUGCGCACGGCCUGCCGAGCUGAGCCUCCUCUGCGACUUCCUCCUGGGGCGGGUCGGCGGCGCGGAGGACAGGGCCGUGGCCGCGCGCGUCGGUCGCCUGCUGGUGGCCGGGGGCCUGCACGAGGACCCCGCGGCGCGCCGGGGCUGGUCGGGCGAGGACCCGCCGAGGGGCGCCGCGGCGGCCGCCGCGGACACGGCGGACCUCCUGCUGGCGCCGCUGGUCUUCUCGGGGGUCUCCGUGGCGGUCCAGGCGGGGGAGGGCGACAUCGGCGCCCUGCCCGGGAUGGUGCAGCCGCCGCUGCCCCGGGCGCUGUUCCCGAGGUGCCGGGCGUCCAGGCGCUUGGAGCUGCUGCCCAGCCCAUACGGCGGGACCGGCCCUGGCCCCGCGCCCGCCGGCGCCGGCGAUGGCCCGGCUGGCGCCGGCCUGGAGGUCGUCGGCACGUCCGGCCAGCCGGUCGCCGCGGCGCUGCGCUUCGCGGGGGCGGCGGGCACGCCUAGCCGGCGGUGCCGCCGCGCUGGCGGCCCUGCGCGCCAGUUGGCACCUGCGGCACCUGGCGCCCCACUGGGCCGGCGUCGUGGCCGGAGGGCCCGGCGCCGCGGCCGCGGGCGAGGGGGCGGCUCGAGACCCGUUCCUGCUGCCGUGCGGCGCGGGCGGCGGCGCUCUCGAUGGCAGCCCCGCCGGCCGGCAGACGGUUCUCUUCGCGGGCAACUGCGCCGGCGAUUUGGAGGUGGCGUCUUGGCGAGAGCCCCAGGGGGCCGGCUGCGAGCAGAUCCUCGCCGUCUGUCUGCCCGCGUUCGAGCGGCAGCCCAGCGCCCUCCUCGUGGACCUGGACGACGUGUCCGCGGUGCGGCGCGUGGACUUCCGUUGCGCCGGGGCCGCCGCCACGGCGGCGGGGCCCUGAGUUGCAGCGGCUGCAGGUUUGCGGCUUCUCGCUGAUGGUGUUGCAAGGCCGAUAUUGGCAACUUGGCGCCCGUGGACAUCAACUGGCGCCCGUGGACACCGACACCGUUGAGAAUGCGCGGCCACGAUGGUUUCAUCGCGACGAGCAAUUUCGACCAGAACAUCAUAGAAUUCGCCGAGCAGGCUCGCAUCGCUUCUAUGCUCCUCGAUAUGCAGACUCGCCUAACCGCUUUGGUUUUAUUCGGUUACGGGCGAGCGUUCCCGUCGAUUGCGCAGCACUCGAUAUUCCUGGUGCUAGGGAUGUUAAACCUGCCGCAGCCCCUCCUCGCCUUCCUCCACAUGAUAUGCGACUCCGUCCUGUGUUCGGGUCCAGGAUGGCACGUGUACAGGUGCAUGUGCACGAUCAUGUCUGGCACAGUUCAGGGGUGUCCUGCGAGUGGGUGUCUGUGCGCGAUUGCCUCGCAGCCCUUUGCGGUCCACAUCGGAACCCUGGUUGAGCGGCGCGGUCUCCGGCUGAGUAGAUUGUGCGCCGAUGAUGUAGGGCGUGUCCUGUGUGGCGCCAGAAGUACUGACAGUCGUUUUCAUCACCACUCCUCCUUCUGCCGUUUUGGAUGUGUGGGUGGCUCCGAAUCACAUAUACAUUAUAUACAGUGUCCUCUCCUCUGGUCUGCCGUGAAUGGGGUGAGUUGCCAC